AUGUCACGUCUUCCAGUCAAGCGCGACGUGAUCCCGUCCGGCUUUGCGUUCGACAGUGAGAGCAGCUGGUUGAAUGCGCAGUCAAUACAACUCGCGAGACAGUUCGAGCAGUCUGGCAGCAGGAUAUAUAUCGACCAAGCAAUCGCGAUGGCCGAAAGGGCAGUGCGGGCUACGCCAACCAACAGCCCCGCCCACCCUAGCCGUUUGAUCAAUUUGGCAAACCGUUUUCGGAUGCGAUACCAUGCUUUCGAGGAUAUGGCCGAUCUCAACCGUGCUAUUGACAUAGCUCGCGAAUCUGUUCAGACUACUGAACGUGGGGCUUCCAAUCUUUCAAAUCGACUCCUUAUGCUUGGGAUUUCUCUCAAGCUGCGAUACCAGGAGACAAAAUCGGCGCAAGACCUAGGAGACGCCAUUGAUAUGCUCAAUAAGGCACAAGAGGGCAUCCUAUGGCACGAUCCAGCGGGAACAGAAACGCUGGAGACUCUCCAAUAUCUGCUCGUCGAGCGCUACACUCAGACAGAGAGAGCUGAAGACAUCGAUCGUAGCAUCGAAUUUGCAACCAAGCUUGUGGAGCUGACACCUCCGGGGGAUUCACGGCUAUUGAGUCGAAUAGAGUCCCAAAUAGAUGCAAUCGACGAGCGUUUCCAUCGUACAGCGUCCUACGGCGACAUCACCCUGGGAAUUAAACUGGCCGAACGGGGAGUGCGGUUGGCCUCCCGGAACGCCGCCGACCGAGCGGCCUGGAUGGGUCGCCAAUCGAUGUGGCUGGGCAGAAAAGCCAAGGAGACUGGGGAAAUGGAGGACAUUGAGCACGCAAUUAAAAUCGCUGAGGCGGCAGUCGACGCUGCAGGUCCCGACAAUGAUUACUACGGGAGUAACUUGAGCCACCUGGCUAUCCUCCUGACCAUGCGUGCCGAGAAGACGGAGAUGGAAGAUGAUAUCUCCAGGGCAGUCGAGACCGCUGAGCUGGCUCUCGAAGCCGCGCCCGUCGGAAGCCACCUUCGGCCUAGCAGACUAAACAGUCUUGCCAAUUGCCUAGGCACCAGAUUCAAGCAGACCGACAAACUCCAGGAUCUCAAUCGAGCUAUAGAGGCCGUUGCGCAAGCUGUGAAAACCAUGCCUUCCAACUAUACGGGCAAAGCCACCAUCUACGGCACUUUGGGAGUGUGGUACGGCAACCGAGCUGAACGGACAUCAUCCGUGAGCGACCUCGAUCGUUCCAUCGAGGCGCUUGGACAAUCAGUCCAGUUAACGGAUGCUAGCGAUAUAGGCCAAGCUGCUAGCUGGCAAAACCUUGGGAAGUGGCUGAAUAGACGAUUUCAGCUAACUGGGAAUUUGGCCGAUAUCGAUCGCUCUAUUCAAUGUAGCGAAAAGGCAUUAGAGCUCAUGCCUUCAGACCACAACAGUAGGGGAAUUUUAUUGAAUACCCUCGGGUCAGCUUUCGGCCAGCGUCAUCAGUGGACUGGACGUGUCAGCGAUCUGGACGCUGCCAUCGAGGCCAUACAGGAGGCUGUGGACGCCAUACCACCGUCUGAGCCAAACCGAUCAAGGUCACUAAUGAACCUUGGGAUCGAGUUGGAGAGGCGCUUUGUGCAGUUUGGGGCCAUGGUGGAUAUAUAUCGCGCUAUCACGGCGAUGGAAGCAAGCCUAGACAGUCUGCGUACCCGCCAACUCGAUCGUGCCAUAAUAAUGUCGGGGCUCUCAACUACUCUGCUCCGGAAGUUCGAGCGCACAAAGGACCUUGCCGACAUCAACCGCGCUAUAGCUGUUGCUGAAGAAGCCAGCAAACUCUGUAAGGAAGAUCAUACCGCUUUCCCUGGUAUUAUGCUCCAUUGGGCAAACGCACUCGGCAGCCGAUUCAAGCACAGUGGUCACCUGGACGAUGCGGAUGAGGCUAUCGACAUUCUAGAGAGGUUAAUAAAUUAUCCAACAGGGGAUUCACGCAGUCGCGCCACCCGCCUUAGCGCCCUAGGAGUCAUGUAUAGCAGGCGAUAUGCUAAGACGGCACGCCUCAAGGAUCUCGACAAUGCCAUUAAAAUGGGCCAGUAUGCCGUGCAAGCUCUGCCUCACGAUCAUCCUGAUCGAUGUGGCAUGCUGAACAACGUAGCUGGUGAUCUCGAAACAAGACACGGACGGACUAAUUCAAAGCAAGACCUCGAUGAAGCUCUCCGCUAUUUUACGGAAGGCUUCUAUAACCAGGCCGCCCCGUCAUUCCUCCGUGUUUACUUAUCGGCUCGAGCCGCUAUCAUUCUCUCCAGGUACUGCAAUUGGAAGGACUCCAGUGCGCUUUGGCUUGAAGCGGUGAUGCUCUUGCAACGUUCCACUCCCCGGUUUCUUGAGAACAGUGAUAGGCAGUUUAUGCUUUCUGAAUUUCCUGCCCUGGCUGCCCAGGCUGCGUCCAUCGCUCUGAAUGCCGGAAAGAGUGCUUAUGAGGCCAUUAAGCAUGCGGGUCUGGCCGAGAGAUUCGAUGCGCUCCGAGACGUCUUAGACUCUUCCUCGAUGAACGACUCACGGACGUCUAUGGACAGCGACCCUACUGUCUCUCAAGGAGCACAGAGCAAACUGCGGCGAGAGGCCGAAGAUAGGCUAAAUCACGUCAUCGCCGAAAUCCGCACUAAGGAAGGAUUUAGCACGUUCCUCCUCCCGCCGACGGCCGAGCAGCUAAUGGCUGAGGCGGAGCCGGGUCCUAUUGUGAUUGUAAACACAAGCUAUUACCGCUGCGACGCCCUCAUCAUCGAGCGACAUCGCAUCACUACCUUGCCACUGCCUGACUUAAGGAUGGAGGAUGCCGAAGAGAAGGCUCAGCGGAUAAGGGAGGCCGACCCGACGCUAGAGUCUUUCUCGAGCACCAACUCCGUACUAGAGUGGUUAUGGGUAGUUGCCGCGCGGCCGAUUCUCGCGGAGCUUGGUUAUCACGGACCGCCGGCGGAUGAUGUCUGGCCUCGCAUAUGGUGGAUACCUACUGGCGCUCUCACACACCUUCCCAUUCAUGCUGCUGGAAAACAUACACAUGAUUCCACGGAAACGGUCCUCGACCGUGUUGUGUCUUCGUACAGCUUGUCCGUCAAAGUACUCAUGCACAGCCGCCAGCAAAGUCAACGGGGCGAGACCGCUGUAACUACUGCUAACAAGGCGGUGUUGGUCUCGAUGCGACGGACACCUGGACUCGGCACGAAUAAGGACCUCCCCUUCGCCGCCCAGGAAGUUGCUAUGCUCGAGGGAUUCUGUCCGGAGCUCCAGCUCAAAGCAAUCCGGCCCAUGCAGUGCAGGCAAGACGUCCUGCGGCUCCUCCCGUCCUGCAAGGUCUUCCAUUUCGCUGGCCAUGGCCACACGAACCACACCGAGCCCUCGCUCAGCAGCCUGCUCCUGCUGGACUGGCAGACGCAGCCGCUGACGGUGGCGGACCUCAGGGAUCUGCAGCUGCAGGCGACAGCUCCAUUCCUCGCCUAUCUGUCGGCCUGCUCGACUGGUGUCAACGAGGCUGAAGCGCUCGCGGACGAGGCAGUCCAUCUGAUUGGCGCCUGCCAGCUGUCUGGAUUCCAACAUGUCGUGGGCACGCUCUGGGCCGUCGACGAUGAGCACUCCACCGAUGCGGCACGUCAGGUGUAUGAUGCGAUACGGGAUGGCGGCUGGAACGGCGCCGCGGUGGCGCGGGGUGUUCACGCGGCGGCGCGGCUGCUUCGAAGACAGUCGGGUGGAAGACACCUGGGAACUGGCUAUGCGAUACGCGAAGAGGGUAAUCCUGCGAUCUGGGCGCCUUAUAUCCACGUUGGCUUAGGGUUAGGGUUCCGUUUAUCUGCAAAGUGA